AAGACAUGCCGUAGACGCGAAAGCAAAAAUCUCGAGUGAGUCCCUACACACAAGCCCGGAAGCAAGCCUCCUCCACAAUCAUGAUUUCAUCGCCGCUCGUUUCUGUCAUCAAAGACUUGCCGCACACUUUGCGGUUCCCUUCCUCCCCAGUCAUCCCAUCCACAGCAUCCGUGAGCGCGUCGAAAAGUACGCUGCCGACAAUCAACUUUGCAGCUGCCUCGAUCCGAUUUCAUCAUGCUCGGUCACCGAUCAUUGCCGGUGCUGAGCGGAAGCUCUAGCGGCGGCAUGACUGCUUGUAAAGCACUUAGCAAGUUUAUUCUCGCGCAAUCAACAGCGCAACCCGGUCAACAAGCCCUUGCAUCCGCUUCUCGUGCCAUCUGCUCGACGCAGGUCCGGUCAUUCCAAACAUCCACCGCGCAUCUAUCCAAAGCGAUGGACAGGGAAUCGAGACCCGAAGGCGGCAAGCACGAGAGCGGUCUCUCGCCAUCCCCCAGACCUCCUCGUCAGCACAGCGCCUUGACAAAAUCGAUCGUGCUAGGCUUAGCAAAUCUGUUUGGCUACAACUCGGUAAAAAACACGGCCAUCAGAGUCAACAGCGACCUGUACGAUCUGUGCGCACAGCAAAGCUACUACGAUGAGGAGUUUUGGCAUCAGGAGUGCGGCUUACCUCGAACAUAUCAGGUCUGGUUUCAGCUGACCAACCUGCACGUCUACCUCUUGCUGGUCCGAUUCCGAGCAAUGCCGCCGAAGCAGGCGCAAAUCUAUACUCAAGAAUUGGUCAAUCACUUCUUCAUUGAUGCCGAGUCGCGCAUGCGAUCUCGCUUUGGUAUCAGCACGAGUCGAUUGGUCAAGGGAUACAUGAGGGACCUACAUGUCCAGCAUCGAGGCGCCGUGCUAGGCUUCGAUGAAGGGCUUGCUCAGACAGAUACGGAUGCGGCCUUGGCUGCGGCGCUCUGGAGAAAUAUUUGGGGUCAAGGCUGGGGGUCGAUUGGAGGGGUCAAGAGAAAAGUCAAGGGAAUAGAUCAUACGCCAAAAGGGGAAGAUGCCUCCGAGGAGGGAGAAGCUGUGCUGGCAAAGGAUAGCGGUGCACCCUUGGCUGGACCUUAUGGUCAAGCUGCUGCUCAGCUCGCGGCUUCUUCAGCUCCUGCUAGUGGAUCCAUUGCCCCUUCUAACUCAGCCGAGAAUCCAACAAUCCCGGUCCACACCGACAUUACUCAGGAGUUUCCAGUCCACUUGGCCAAGGUGACGGAAUACGUGCGAAGAGAAACAGCUAGAUUAGCCCACCUGAGCGAUCACGAAAUCAUGAUCGGAAGAGCUGCAAACGGAAGGAAAUUGCCGCCCGCUAAGCAUGCGCCUAUCGAUCAUCAGACCAGCGCAGCAGUCGGUGCAGGAGAUGUGGUACAGUCGCUAGGCAAGCGACCCCACGAUGGAGGCGUUCCCACCUCAGUCAGGCAUCCCAAUGAUGAUGCGCAGAGGAAGAACAGUAUCGCAGAUUUCGGUCGAGUGGGAUAGCGCUAUGAGCGGUGCACUUGAAUAGAUAUACAUGACACCGUAGAGUGAAGCAGUCUCAGGCGAGCACUGGGUGCCACUUGAGUGAUUACCCUAGAUGUGCGUUGAGCUAUGUCUGCGUUCCUCCUAGGCUAGAGCAAGCAAGUCUUGGCUAGAGCACUCUGGACGUUUCUCACUGCUGAGGCUCUUCC